AUGACGACCCCCUGGCGCCGCGCGAUGGCUGAGGCUAAUGACGCGCCGCCGCCGCCGCCCGAGACGCGCACACCGCUCUCUCCGAUCAACGGCCGGCGCCGGCGGCUCUCUACCAAGGGCGCGCCGAAACCGCCUGCGCCCAAGACGGCCACCGAAGCGCCGAAGCGGGCGGCCGCGCCGAAGACGGCGCCGAAGCAGUCAAAGACGCCGCCGCUCGCCGCGGGUCUGACGCCGACGCCGCGCGGCGAGCUCGUCGACGGGGCGACGCUGGCCGCCGUCUUCGACACGCCGCCGCCGCCGACGCCCGUCGCCGCGCCGCCGGACUUCACGCUCUGCCGGGAAAUUGGCGAGGCCGCUGCGGCCGUCGCGCCCGAUAACGAGGCGGCAGCUCUCCGCGCGGCCCUCGCCGCGGCGCGCCAAGAGACCGCCGCGGCGCAAUCGCGCUCGGCUGCGACGGCGCAGCUCCUCGACGCGCUCCGCGACGCGCACGAGACUCGACUGGAAGUGGCCCGACGCCGCGUGAAGGACCUCGAGUUCGAGCUCCAGGCGCGCAAGGGCCGCGACGAGGCGCGGUCGCCCGAGGUCCAGCGCCAGCGCGAGCGCGCGGAGGCGUUCCGCCAGGAGGCCGCCCAAGCGCGCGGCGCGCUCGACGCCGAGCGGGCGGCCCGCGACGCCGCCGACGCGCUCGCAGCCGAUUCGCGUGGUGAAGCCUUUGUCGCCGACGACGUGGCUGACGCGGCGGCCGCGGCCGCGGCCGCGCGCGAGGCCCGGCUCUGGAACGCCCACGUCGCGUUGGUCGAGAAGCGCGACGAGGAGGCCAAACAACUGGCCGAGCUGGUCGACGAGCGCGACGCCUACGAGGCGGCGAACCGCGCGCUGGCGACGCGCGUCGCGCGCCUCGACAAGGAGGCAGCGGAGCGCGAGGCGCGCGAGCAGGAGAUCGCGGACGAGCUCGCGGCGGCGCGGCGGCAACAACGCGGCGCCAAGCACGCGGUCCUUGCUUUCGUAGUCGCGGCGGCAUCCGCCGCCGUGGGCUCCAUGACCAUCUUCGCGCGUCGCUGA